AAAAUUGUUAUUCAAAUUAUUCUAGAUAGAAAAAUUUCUUUUUGUUGAUCAAAAUUGUAAUAUUUACUAAACUGUUCAUAAUUUGGAAAAAUGGGAAGUAUAGAGGAAGCGUGCAUCACCGGAUUCCUGUGCCGGUUGUGCUCCCAGAUCCAUCGUUCAGUGAUUUUCAUUUACGGUGCCGAAGGAGACAAGCAUAAGCUGGAACAGAAAAUCAACAACUAUCUUCCCGUAAAGAUUGCUCCAUCCGAUCCUCUCCCGAAGACCGUUUGCGAAGGAUGUAUGAAUAAGGUGAUCCAACAUCACGGAAUGAUUCGAAAAAUCGCCGAAACACAGAAAAAGUUCAAAAAAUUGCAAGAAGAAGAGAUGUUGCUUCAACAGCAACGAAACAGGAACAACCAGAGCGCUCAAUCAUCCAACCAGAACCAAGCCACCAGCGCAUCCUCCACGGCAAGUGCAAGUAACAGCCGCACUAACGGCAUCGGCAAUAGCGCAAGCUCUCAAAUAGCAUCGUCUGAGCGAACAUCAGGCAGCACCUCUACGGGAUCAGUCUCAAUUAUCACCCCUAGUUUAAACCGUAGGAUAACUCGCCAAACCCUUCGGAUCCACCAGCAAUUGCAUAAUGACAUAAAUAACUACAUCGAAACAAUGGAUAGCAGUUCACCUUCGUCGGACGAUGAUAGCGAUAGUGACAGCGGAGACGGUAAUUAGAUGUAUCUAUUAACAGUAACAACAAUGUUUCAUUUUAUCGUCCUUCCGCCACUGCUGCCGCGUUGG